CUGUUGAAGUUGCUCUGUCGCUCCUUCCACUGGCGACGGAUUUGUCCCGGAGUAACCCCGUCCAACAUUCGUAUUCUGUACAUUUUUAACGCUUUGUAUUUAGCUAAACGGUACUCUAUAACAAUAUUUGCUUUUAUUUGACAACAUCUAAGUGAUUUUCCUCCUUUGUUUAGUGCACAAUUGUGAAAUACGUGGACGUUCACCUGAGGAACACAAUGCAAAGAGUACAUUUUUUGAAAGACUGCUUCCUGAACUUGGAUACUUUCCACAAGCAGAUCGUGAUCGGCACAGCGGUAGCAGCAGGCGUCGCAUUGCUGUACGUUCAGCACAGAAGAUGUUCCAAAGUUCAAACUAUUCCCCAAGGUGAUGGGUGGUGGGGAGCAGGCGAGAAACCACAAUCAGAAGAUGACAAGAUCUACUCUUUUGAGGUGCAAACCUCAGAUGAUGAAAUCAAGGUCCUUCAAGAGCGCAUUGACAAUACCCGCUACAGUGACCCUCUGGAAGAUAGCACAUUUGAGUAUGGAUUCAAUUCCACUUAUCUCAAGCAAGUGGUUUCCUAUUGGAGACACCAGUAUGACUGGAAAAAACAAGUGGCAAUGCUGAACAAGUAUCCACACUUCAAAACAAAAAUCGAAGGAUUAGAUGUGCAUUUCAUCCAUGUUCGGCCAACUCCACAAAAGAAUCAAAAAGUGGUCCCACUUAUGCUUGUUCAUGGCUGGCCAGGCUCCUUCUUUGAAUUCUACAAGAUCUUGCCACUUCUCACUGAGAGCCACAAUGAUCUCGCCUUCGAGGUCAUAUGCCCGUCUAUACCUGGAUAUGGUUUCUCGGAGGCCCCUCAUAAACAAGGUUUCAACACUUUUGCUGCUGCCAGAAUUUUCCUGAAAUUAAUGGAGCUUUUAGGGUUCUUGCAGUUCUACCUGCAGGGAGGAGACUGGGGCUCUUUGAUCACCACCAAUAUGGCACAGAUGAAGCCUCAGUGUGUGAAAGGUCUCCACUUAAACAGUUUUAUGUCAAGAAAAGGGUCUAAAGUGAUGUUGUCCCUCUUGAUUGGCCCCUAUCUGCCCUGCUUGGUGAGCCUGAGUCGGGAAGAUGUCCGCCGCUUGUUCCCAUUUUUUAAAAAGCAAGUGUGGACCAUCUUGAGGGAAUCAGGCUACUUACACAUUCAGGCUACCAAACCAGACACUGUAGGUUGUGCGAUGAAUGACUCCCCGGUAGGCUUGGCUGCUUACAUUCUGGAGAAGUUCUCCACCUGGACUGACAUGGAGAACAUACACCUGGAGGAUGGUGGGCUGGAAAGGAAAUUUAGCCUGGAUGACCUCUUGACAAAUGUCAUGAUCUACUGGACCACAGGCUCCAUCGUCUCCUCCAUGCGUUUCUACAAAGAGAACCUUAAGGAGAAUAUUGAAAACAGGAUUGACUCAAGGACAAGAAUAUUUGUACCGACAGGAUUGGCUGCCUUCCCUGGAGAGCUGAUGCACUGUCCUAAAUCGUGGGCCCAAAAUAGGUUUCAAAACAUUGUCUCAUACACAAUGAUGCCUCGAGGUGGUCACUUUGCUGCCUUUGAGGAGCCUCAUCUGUUGGCCAAUGAUCUAAUCCAGUUUGUUAGAAGGGUGGAGCUUUGAAAACACACCUGUAGUCUGAAUACCCCAUACUAUGCACAAUAUAUCUCUUGAGUCUAUAAUCAUCCUUAAUUCUCACAUAUUCAUAAAAAGUAGAGAAAUAGUAUAUUGUAAAAACAAACAAUUGAUUACAUUUAUCACUACAAGAUUUACUGGGGAUUAUGACUUCACAAGUUCUUCGUUAAAAUGUUACAAAAAGGUUGCAACUUAAUUCUCACAUAUUCAUUAAAAGUAGAUAAAUAGUACAUUGUAAAAACAAACAUUUGACUUGAUAGAUCAAUGCAAGUUUUAAGUUCUUCGUUAAAAUGUUGCAACUUAAGUAUUUAAUUGUCCUUGUAUUGUAUGUAUUGAUUUUAUUUUCAAAUCCCAUUUUUCUCACUCCUUCCUUGGGGCAUAGCAAAUAUUGUUAAAUACUGGGAAAAAAUGCUUUGUUUGAUUGUAAACCAUAUACAAGUAUAAAAACAAGUAAUUUA